UGCUGGGCGGUGGGGUAGGUGGGUGGAAAACGGGAGGCGGCGGAUAGAUCCCUUUGAUCCCUGACAAUGCCUUUUGCCAGUUUAUCGCACAUGGCUUGAUAGCAUGAACGUAAGUCACUAUGUCUAGCUUGGAGACCCGCUGUAAAAUAGCAGCUCGUCGCUCUCCGCUUCUUGAUGUUUCGACAGUCGAGCGGCAAGCAGCUCAGCUAUAUAGGCGACGGCAGUCCUGCGGGACAGACUUGGACUGUCACCAUCAUCUUCCACCCGCCCACCCUUUAAAGCCCUGUCAACCGUGUAGAUCGAAGAAGCGGCGUGAAAGAAAUUUAACAGCAAGGAGAGAAGAAGAAGAAAAAAGGAUACAAGACAUGUUGUAAUACGCAACAUAUUUGACUCUUCAUCAAAGCGAUCCUGACAUAAAAGAGAGAGAUAGAUAGAGAGAGAGAGAAACCCGGAUCGUACUGUAUUGGCUAUUAAAAAGGAAUAUUCGUCCUGGCUCCUAGAUACUAUAGAUACUAUUGUAUAUAUGUUUGUUAUUCCAUGCGGAUCAAUCGGCACCCCCCUCCGAUUCAAAGGUCGCCAUCGUAUAAUGAGCUACGGCCAGUAGCAGCACGCAUAAAUACGGUGGGUGUAUGUGUUGUUCGACUGGUCUUAUUCUAUUGCGACUGAAUAAUACAAACGCAGCUCCCAUUCACUCAGAGACACACACACAACGGGUUGCGAGAUGAAGACCGGCUCUGGCCUUGCAGUUUCAUUUGUAUUGAAGACACGGAAUCGGGACUACACUAGCAAAAUCGUACACACACACACACACUAUUAUAUUAUAGUGUGUACUGCUGCUGUUCUGUGCAGCCCAGCCCGGAGCGCAUGUCUCAUUUGAUAUUAAGAUAUAAGGAGCCGGGAAUACAAGAGAGAGAAAAGAUAUAGGGAUGGAGAGAGAAGAGGAGAGAGUCAAAGAGCAAAUGCAGUUGGGCUAGCGGGCGAAAUGACGACGUGAAUCAGCACAUCCUCCCACCCACCCAUUGCAACCCUCCCACCGUCUCCUCUCUCUUCCAUUCCGGAAAUAGGUGGUGGUGGUGGUGGUGGUGGCUGGGACUGUAUCCUCCUUCAGGAUCAUCUCCAGCAGUCGUCCAUCGACCUACCGUCAAGACACACUCACUCGCAAACAGCUCCAGCACGUAACUCUCGCAGAGAAGAAAAACGAUGGCCGUCGUCCUGCUGGCAAUCAUUCUCAAUCUCUUGACCGCCGUCACUGCCGAUGGACAAUCAUAUUCCGGAUCGUCCAUGUUCGUGGGGCAAAUGCCAAAUGUGACGGUGUCGACUGGGCGUGAGGCGGUGUUCACUUGCGUCAUCGACAAUGUGGACAAGUUCAAGGUCGCCUUCCUUCGGGUGGAUACACAAACCAUUUUGGCAAUUGACGAGACGGUCAUCACACGAUCCGCCCGGGUCACGGUCCGUCAUUCCAUCGACAAGGACGAGAGUCUCAGCAGCGGCCAGCGCAAAACGUGGCAAUUAAGUCUGAAGGAAGUGACGCCUGCCGACGCCGGCGGUUACAUGUGCCAAUUGAAUAAUUUCGAGCCCAUGGUCAGCCAAGUGGCUUAUCUCCACGUCACAGUCCCGCCGGACAUUCUGGUGAACGAGAGCAGCAGUGACAUGACGAUGAAGGAAGGCGACAACACGACGCUACGAUGCAGUGCCAUUGGAUAUCCUCAGCCGAAUGUUACCUGGCGUCGAGAAGACUAUCAACCCAUCAACAUCAAUCAAAGUGCCGGAGUGGUGGAAGGAUCGGUUUUGAAUUUAGUCAACGUUCACCGCCAACAGAUGGCUGCCUAUCUCUGCAUCGCUUCCAAUGGAAUUCCGCCUCCUGUUAGCAAGCGGAUCCUCCUCAGAAUCGAAUUUGCUCCGGCUGUCACGUCACACCAAGUUCAAGUCUUCCAGCGGCUGGGCGAUGCACUGAAACUUCAUUGCCAGUGUCAGAGUUGGCCACAAGGAUAUACUUCAUGGACUUUCGAAUCGAAUCGGCUUCCUCCAGAGAGAGCGGUCAUCGAUUAUCGACCGCAAGCAGUCGGACUCGUCGUCACGGACAUGUACCUGACCAUUGCCGAAAUGCUACCGCAAGAUAAAGGUAAUUACACCUGCCAUUGCUCCAACAUUCACGGGACGGCCAAUUGGAGCAUAUCUGUCGAAGGCAUCGCCUUGGAUCCGGUUCAGCAGAGAAGAAUGGCCCACUCGUCGUGGAGUGGCGAACAUGAAGAGGAACAAGACGAGCAAGAAGAUGAAGAAAUGGAAGGAAUUGAAGAUGAAGAAGAAGAAGAAGAAUUUUCUCAUCCAGCAACAACGACGACGACGGCAUUAUCUCGGCGACAAACGGAACGAGUCCAGCUCGAAAGAGUGUCAACAACGGAGGCAACGACCAGGAAAACUAUCGAGGCUAAUCACCAGUGGACACAAGAGCCGACGAAGAGGAACAACAACGGAGCGUUCCCGCAACAACAAGAGGAGUCUGAGCAACAACAACAACAGCACAAGAAGAAAAAGGCCAGCAGUGGAGUGCCGACAUCUUUGACGUCAAAGGCUUCAGCAGCUUCACAAGGCAUUAGCAGCAUGAGCAGCAGUCAUCAUCUAUUCCUCUUGUUGUUCUUCAUUUCGAUCCUGAUCGAUAAUCACCCUCCGGCGACAUGAUGAUGAUGAUCCUUCCACCUAUUUAAAAAAAAAUAAGAAGAAAAAAGAUGAGCUCCCCCCCUUUUCACCGAUGAUUAUUAUUCCUGUUGUUUGCCUGUAAAUAGUCAAGGAUGGCGAUUGAUUAAAAUAAUUGAACCGGA